UUAUCAGUGAACGUGCAACUGUCAACGGCGUCAGACGUCAGCAACGGAAGCUGGACAAGUGUAAAAGUGAAUAAGUGAAGCAGUAAAAUUGUGUUGAAUCACAGAAAUUCAUUGAUUUUCAGAGGUCAAUUUAAAGGAAAAAUAAAAACAAAAGAAACGAAAAAGUACAGCACAGUACAAGUGGCAACAAAAAUAACUGUAAACACAAAAAGCAACAAUAAAGUAAGCAAAAACAAAAGUUUACUCUUUCAAGAGAAGUGAUAACAAAAAGCGUCAGCCAUUCGCUCGUUGGGAAGCAGCAAGAAUAGAAAAAUAAAUAAUGUCUGAAGUGAUGCUGGUGUAAAAACAUAAACAAUAAACAAAAAAAGAAAUCUCUUUUCGGAAAAAAGUUAAAUGAAAAGCGUAAAGUGUAAAGUGGAAGAGCCAUUGAGAGCGCUGGUGUGAAAAAGUGUGAAAAUUCAUUCUAAACACACUCAUGUGAAAGCGUCACUCGCCACCUACUUCGCCAUCUUAACGAAGUGGCAACAAAAACCCAAGCAACAAUAACAAUAAAGGAAUAACUACAGUUACAAAACGGGCAAUGCCACGAAAAGCACCGGCGACGCACAUUCACACGCAUGCACAAUCAACAAAAGAGCUGUCUGUUUAAGACCCGAAUACAUGUGUUACAACAACAACAAUAGCGAUAACAGCAACCAUAAUAGAAGCAGCCACGGCAAGCGCCGCUGAGACAGCAACUAAGGCCGCCACACAGCACACAGAGCAGAGCCAGCAAAAGCUAUAAUAAUAACCAGGAAAUAUAGCGAGCGAGUAGCGGGAAAAACACAAGUUUUUGUCUGGAAUUUGCCGUCUUGUCUUCCUGUGACGUUAAGUGAACCUCGAGCAUUAGCAACAUGUUGAAGUUUCUGCGGAUUAUUUGCAUUUGGAUCUGCUGCGCGUUCUGUCUGCUGGAGCGCAUACAAUUGCCCGCCGCCACAGCCGCCAUUGCAGCACCCUUCGAGUAUUUCGAGGAUCACGACCAACUCUCAUACGACUUGGAUACCGAACAGUCAAAAGCCAAAUAUGAUACACGUCUGCUGUCCGAGCAAAUGUUGAAGUUGGAAAAAUCCACUGAACGGUACGAAAGUGCUGACAGCCACGCUAACGGCAUAGGCAACAGUGCGACCAAUUCCGAACUGGACGAAGACACCGAGUCGGAAGCAGAUACGGAUGUGGAUGAUUUGCAACCGCAUGAACGUGCGGCUUCGUGUCAUAACAAUGGCCAUAAAUACACACACGGUCAAAAGGUACCUCGAAUUGAUCCUUGUGAAGUUUGUCUCUGCAUGGAUGGCGAGAUAUUUUGCUGGUGGGAACUGUGUUCCAAAAAGCCUGGAAGCCAAAUCCCAGCCGAAUAUCACGCAAACCCACAAUACGACACUUCCACUGUCAGAUUGAAUGCGCUGAGCAGUACUUCAGGCACGACAACCCCACCCACCGUGGACACAGUGAAGCUGCAGCAACAAUACCCGGAUCCACGCCCCUAUGGCAACACCUUCGAUGUAAGCGCACCGAAACAUGAACACCUCACUGAGAGCAGUAAAAGCAAGCAACAACAACAAACGCAGGACACAACCAUCUCCAGCUCCACCGCCAACAGUGGCACUAAGCCGAACACGCACGCCACCAAAUCCUGGCAGAAGAAGAAGACCUACCAACAGCAGCAAAAACAAAAACACGAACAGCAAAAACAACACCAACACAAGCAUGCACACGAGCAUGCCGCAUACUAUGCCUACCCGCCGUCAUCGUCGGUGUCGGCCAGCAAAAUUCUCAGCUUCCCGGAGAACUUGCCAUCCGUGUUGUAUCACGACUACCGCACCGAGGAGCAUCAACACCAUCAACAUCAACAUCACCAGCAGCACUUGAAGCAUCAGCAGAAAAAGCUACAACUGCUAAUGCAACAGCAACAACAAAAGCGCAAACAACAAAUGCUACAGCACACACACGGCGCGCGGAAGGGUGGUGAGCACCAGCCACCACAAUAUCAACACGAAAUUUUUGCGGGAAAACCGGCACCGGCGAGUGCAUAUGGCUCAUCGCCGUCACUGUACACCGGCAGGGACAGCAGCAACUUGGAGCUGAGCGCCGACUGGGGGCUGGUUGGCGGCAAUGAAAAUAUCUACGAUGAUGUCGAGGCCGACAGCGAUAUACUCCCCGAGCCGCCGACAAAGAAACCGAAAAUGUCAGCCGCAGCAGCAGCAGUAACAGCGGAAGCAACAACAAGUGCUGCUGAGCUGGUAACAACAACUACCACCGGCAACAUGACUGCCAGCCAAACACAGCUGGCCGGUGCUGUUGGCGCACAAGCGGCCGGACACGUGGGUUUGCAGCAGAGUGACAGCUUCGUCGGCGGCAACGAGAAGUCAUUAAAAAUGAAUGCUGCUGAUGCGUCGUCGCUUUCGCUAGCCGUAUCGUCCCCCACUUACUUCACGUCAACGGCAACAUCAUCGGCUGUGGUUAACGCGGCCACACCAGCGAAUCCAGCGUCCAACAAAAUAACGGACAACACGGCGGAACUCCGACAGCAGGAUGUGUUUAAUCGCGAAAGCAGCGAAGAAGACCAGGAUGACGCCUUCCAUCGCUGGCUCACGUCCACCGAAAUUAACGCCAACAACAACAGGAACAACAGCGGCAGCUUUACUGAUUAUAACAACAAUUCAUUGGAGUUAGAGAGCGCGACAGCAGCACGUCGCACAGAUUUGUCGGGUCUCGCCGGGACACAAACUAUUAACGCAACGACCGCAGCAAAAACAAUAAACGACACGAACGCACCAAGGGGCGCGGACGGUGGCGGUGGCGUCGGCGUCGGCAUCGGCAGAAAUAAUAACAAUAGCAAAAUUGAUAAUGUUUACUUUCGCAGUUCCUACAAUGAUUACAGUAGUGAAUACAAUGGCAGCGUGGUGAAUAUCGAUAUAUUGCUCACCACUGCGGAUGAGCAACAACAAGCCCAACAGCAGCAGCAACAGCAACAGCAUAAGGCCGAUUUGAUUACGCAGUCAAGCAGCAAUGCACAGCAGGCGGCAAGGGGCGGCGGCACGGCGGUAGAAAGCAGCAAUUCCAGCGCAACGGUGGUAAUAAAUGCAACAACAACGCUACCAAUUGCUGGCGUUCAAACGAGCAGUCCGGAGCGACAGUGCAAUGUUAUGGGCACGCUAUACAAAAUCGGCGAUGUACUGCCACAGGAUACCGGAAAUUGCCUGCAAUGUGUGUGCAUAGAUGGGUCGACGAGCGAUGACACGCCGCGCGUCACCUGUAGUCCGCACAACUGUCCGCCCCUGGUGCUGCCCGAUCUGUUCGAUGCCACAGGAUAUUAAACGGCGCUACAACAAGGCACACUGCGGCCGUUAGCAUAUCCAACAUCAUGCACCCACACACACACUCACACCUAUAUGGCAACAGCGAUACAACAAAAAAGAAGAAAACGUUAAAACUAAAGCAUCACUCCUGAUGGCAACAGUAAUAAGAGUAAUAAUGAUGCAUUGCGCUCGCAGUUCAUCAACUAGAGCCACCGAUGUCGCUGAAAGUUAAAAGCCAAUGGAUCUCCAACAUUCGGUCGAUGUAAAAUGCAACGCCUAGGCAUAUCCUGCAACAAAUCAAACUUCCAAAGAAACAACAACGUCAAACGUACACAGAUAUCUACAUAAACCGUUACACGCACAUAUGUAUUCAUAAGCUUAGUCAAAUACAAAUUGCAUAGACCAUAAUCCUUCCAUACACACAUACAUAUAUAAAAACCUGCACACCAACACAUUCAGAAAAGAGCUGAAAAUAUGAAAUAAAUGAAACACACAAAUUUAGUGCUAAGUCGAAAGCUAGAAACUCACAAUUAGAAAAAGCCAAUAAAAAGAUUUCAAGAACUGUAUGAUAAAAUUUAAAAUCCAAUAUUUAUUUUUGAGUUUUGAGUUUUGAGUUUCGAGAUUGCAUAAAUAUAUAUUUGGCGCCACUUUAUGGCAGAACGGCAAAACGCAAAGCAUAAUGAGGCUACCGACUAUAGAAAUCUUUGCAGAUAAGUGUUAGUAUAUCAACGGAGAUGCAUGUAUAGGAUAAAUGUAUACAUAUUAGCGGUAUUUGUAUGCCAUAUAAAGCAAAAUAUACCGUUUAUUUAUAUUUGAAGCAGUAUUGUAAUAAAAAUUAAUUACUGCUAAGACGAUAAUUAAAUGCUGGCAACUGGAGAACUAGGAGAAAAUUACAGCAAAAAAUCAUAUGAGAGUAUAUAUUUGCAUAUAUUUAAGUAUAUAUAUUUAAAACGUUUGAAACUGAGUACAGACAAAUAAUUUAAUUUCAUGAGAAGUACCGUUAAAUAAACUAGGCUUAUAACCGUAAUUCAUAGCAAACAACAAACACAUAGAAAAAAUUAUAAACAAUUUACCGAACACACGACUUAUUGCUUUAUUUGAAAUGUUUAAAUUAUGCAGCGAAAGUGCAGCCAAUUCGUUAUGUAACAAAUGCUGAAAUGGCGCAUUCAUAGCGGGCAAUACAAGCAGACAAAAGUGCAUGUGAAAUAAUUUAUUAAAAAAUAUGCAUAAAUGUGCUUUUCCAUUUGCACACAGGCCUUUGCACAAACAUUAGUGUGUGUGUGUGUGUGUGAGCAUAUUUGCAUAUUUAAAUACAUACCGUUACUUAAAAUGCAAAACAACGUAUCAUCAAACAUUCGAAAUUGAGUUUUUUUAUUGCUUACGUUUCACUACAACAUUACAUUACAUAUAAGUAGUAUUAUAAACGUUUAAGCUUCCGCUGCCCAAUAUAUCCACAAUAUAACCGGUAAAUAACCAUUUUAUAACCAAAACACACAUUUUGUUUCAAUAAGCGUGAUUUCUAUUAUGUCGUGUUUCCUAUACUUGCAAACAUAUAAAAAGUUAUGUUACGUUAUUUUGCAUUUUAGCUGACGAUAUGCACAUACAUACUUGGCAGUGUAAAAAAGUUGCGUAUACGCCACGGCGCAAAUGCGGCGGCUCUCGGUUAAUCACUUCAACAACUUAAUUAAAAGUAAUCAAAAGUAUAUAAACUAUUUUCACAACAACAACAACAGUGAAGUGCAAAAUAACACAAUUCAUUUGCUUCGCAUUUUAGCGCACUGAUUUAUUGCCUUUAAAUUAUGAAAUCUGUUUUUUUUUUCAACACAUAAAUAUAAUCAUUUUGUUUGCAUCAGUUGCUUAAUGCACAAAGCUUUUCCACACAAAAACUGAUUCGUAGGUGACGCCGCAAAGCACGCUAAGCGCGAAAAAUCCCUAACAACCGUUGGAUAUGCCAGCAAUAACGAUUUUAAUUUUAUUUUCAUCAAUUUCGAAAUUUCGAAAUUUGUUGUUGCGCAAUGGCAAACGUUUUAAUUAUUUGUUUAAUUUAAAAAGAUUAUAAUUUGCAGAAUAAUUUAAAAGCAAGCCAGCGCGGCAUAUAUCACUUCCAUAUUUGCAUUUGGUAAGCUUCAAUUGGUUUUUGGUAAUACAAGCCUCGAAAAUUUAUUUAUUUUAUGCGUUAAAUUAAUUAUAUUUGUCUCCAUAUGAUUUUGAUUUCAGAUUAUUGGCAUGCAUUUCGUAAAUUAUGCAUGUUUCUGCCAAAAUUUAUUAAAUAUUUAUUUAUUAAAUAUUUGCUUUUAAUAACUGGUUUCCAGUUUUUGGUGCGGCAUUGCCUCAUUUCCAGCUUUAUUAAACAUUUAUAGCGCUGUUCGCGACAUAUUCGAUAUGCGGAAAUUAUGCUUGUUGGGUCGGCAAGUUAAUUAAAUGUGUUAUCACUUAAUGCGCACACUUUUCAAUUUAAACUGGGAAUUUUGAAGCUUAUUCAAAUAAUGUGAACAAGUUUUCACUUUUAAAUAUUUAUAAUGCGUGCUCAAUCGAGAUCAUAUUACUUUCACAUCCCCUACUAUUUUAAAAUGCGUAUUAAAAUAAACAUUGAUAUAUAGUAUCUCUGAUAAAUAUACCCAAGAAUUUUACUUUUUUAACUAAACAACUGGAGACUAAAUAUUUGUUAAAUGACUAAGAAGUUUUUAAGUUGAUGCGGGCUUAUCAAUAAUUUCAUCCUAAGCAACUCUGUUCUGCGUGAGUAGUUCAAGAGUGUACUUGUUGUUUUUUUUUCUCGUUAAAAGGUGUGGAAAUUGGAAACGGCUUUUUCGGUCGUCUGACUUCAGAUCCUUAACUGGCCUUCCCAAGAUGAGGAAUAGUCUAACAGUUGGUGUAUGUAUAACUGUGUAUUGAUUUUCAAAGCACCUUAGGUAGGUAUCGAUACCUGAUAGAGUUCGGUUACUAGGUCCAUGAGCAGUAGUUAUCUUUCAGGAUUUUUGCGCUUAACGCAAAUUUAAACAGACUCUGUGGCCUAUCGAUACCUCUUCCAGUCUAUCAUACCGUGAGGAUCCCAGAUGCUUACAGCGUAGUCUUGCGGGACAAGUGUACAAGAUAUGCUCCAUUGUUUCCCUGGUGCCUUGCUCUUGAUAUUUUCUGUAGUCUUCUUGAUUUCUUACAGAAGUUAUCGGGGUUUUUUGUCUUAAUUUUGACUGAUCAUAAAUCAAUCAAUGUUAUUUUUAACGCCGCAAAGUUUUUUUUUUUAAUAAUGUCAAUAAUAUUUUUCUUUAAGUAAUCUUAGAAAACAUUAAUCAUAUAUUGGGUUCUUUGGUGCUUUCUCAGAUCUUUUCUCAUCGUUUUUAAGUUAAUAUCUUCCCUAUAACUUCAUAAAAAGUAAAAAAGAAAGCUGUAAUUGCGGUAUUUGGUAGAUAUUGUGUAAUUAUCUUACCAGUCAAAUGAAUAUUGCAUCUACAGAAAUGCUCUCUACGCCGCACUCGGACCGUCUCACAACUAUUUCUUGCGGGCGCUUUGAUCGCCAUUUGCUUCUCUGAUGGAAAAUAAAUAUUAUAUAUGGCGAAACUAAUAUUAGUAGUCAACCUUCUGCCCAAAAAGCACAAUAAUUCAUAUAUCGAAAUGGACGACCAACAGUUGUCUUUCGGCACUCUCAGAAAACGUCUUCUUUGAAGUCCUGAAAAACAGUGAAGAAACUUGCUAGAUCCUAAGGUUGCUCCAAAUCGAUGGAUCUCACUUGGAUAGA